AUGCCAAGUGAGAGUAAGGAUAGUGAUAACGGCGGAGGCAAGAAGGUUCUUCGCACGCCCAAAUGUGCACGAUGCCGUAACCAUGGCGUGAUCUCCUGUCUGAAGGGCCACAAGCGGCUCUGCCGUUGGAGGGACUGCCGAUGCCCAGGCUGUUUACUGGUGCUUGAGAGACAGCGAGUUAUGGCGGCUCAGGUCGCGCUCCGACGGCAGCAGGGCGCGGGCGGCGUGGCGCGGGACGGCGACGCGGCCGCGCUCGCUGCACGCAAGCGAGCCUACCGCGCACGUUUACGCAGCGUUCAGAUUUCGCGGAACUAUGCCAUCCCAACUACUUCUUUUGGUAAGUUUUUAUGUAUUUUUUUAGGUGAUCCUGCGUGGAACGAACGUGUGCGUAGACGUAGAGCAUUUGCGGACGCGGCGCUGGAACAAAACGCCGCUAUCACUGUACACGCGCCUCGUCCUGUUCUAUGCACCCAGCUACUGGCCGCUCUACUAGCUAACUGCGUGCCACCUCCACCAACCAGACCCAAGAUAUCCUUCUCCAUCGACUCCAUCAUCGGCGUCAAGUAGAUACGGCAAUAUACAGCGGACCCUUGAUAUAACGCGCCUAUCAAGCACGGCAUACUCAUACAACAUUAGACGAAUUGUGGUAUAAAUUCUAUAAAAAAUUAUAAUUU